CUUAUUGUUGAUUUCAGGAAGAGAAGAAAUCAGAAGAGCCAGAAGCGAAGAAGCCAGAAGAAGAGAAGAAGGAAGAAGAGAAAAAAGAAGAGAAGAAAGAAGAGAAAACAGAGGAGCAGAAAGAGCCACCUCCUCCACCGGAAGAGAUAGAACUGAGAGUCUAUAUGCAUUGUGAAGGCUGUGCUCGGAAAGUGAAGAGAUGCUUGAAAGGAUUCGAAGGAGUUGAAGAUGUCCAAACAGACUGCAAAUCUCAUAAGGUGGUAGUGAAAGGAAAGAAGGCAGACCCUUUGAAGGUACUGGAGAGAAUUCAAAGAAAGAGUCAUAGAAAGGUGGAGCUACUCACUCCCAUUCCAAAGCCAGUGGAAGAGCCUAAGAAAGCUGAAGAAGAGAAGCCGAAGCCAGAAGAGAAAAAAGAAGAGCCUGCUGUGAUUGUAGCAGCACUGAAAGUUCACAUGCAUUGUGAAGCUUGCGCUCAAGAAAUCAAGAAAAGAAUACAGAAAAUGAAAGGAGUGGAGUCUGUAGAUCCUGAUCUGAAGAGCUCUCAGGUGUCAGUAAAAGGUGUGUUCGACCCACCACAGCUCGUCGAAUACGUCUACAAGAGAACCGGCAAGCACGCAGUGAUCGUGAAGCAAGAGCCAGAGAAGAAGGAAGAAGAGAAAGGAAAGGAAGAAAAGGAGAAGAAGGAAGGAGAGGAAGGGGAGAAGGAGAAAGGAGAAGGAGAAAAGGAGAAGAAAGAAGGAGGAGGUGGAGAGGGGGGAGAGGAAGAGACCAAAACAGUAGAAGCGAAGAGGAACGAAUUCUCCUACUACAAUCCUAAAUACGCUACGGAGUAUCAUAAAAUCGCUCCAGAAUACGACGUAUAUACGUCACAGAUCUUCAGUGACGAGAACCCGAAUGCGUGUACGGUUAUGUAAUUUAUGUGAGGAGAAUAAAAUGGGAGAGGGAAAAUACGUAUUUUCCCAGGUGUAGGUCGUAUAUAUAAAUAUGUACGUCUUUGUUUUAGUAUAAAUACGGAAGAAAUUGUAGAAUUAUGAGUGUAUGUAUACAUUUUCUACGUGUAUUGGGGAAAUGAUAUUUAAAACCGUCUGUUUUUCUGUU